AUGCAUGAUCAACAGAUACCGCUAGAUGCAUGGACACAAAAAGAAGUGAGAGGUGCUUUAUAUAUGAUUGUGAGAAAUGAAAAUCUACCGGAUGCACGUGCGACGAUCCGUGUGAUUCAAGAUCGGUUCAACGACAAGGCCAAAUACCCAUGGGUGCUUUUAAAUAAUCAGUACUUCAAUGCGGAUUUCAAGCGUCAUGUUUCCUCCAUCACCACACCCAAGAAUGUAUCUGUAUAUUUUGGAAAAAUCGAUACUGAUGCUUGGGCCUAUCCUAGUUGGGUGGAUGUGCCGCGUGCGGAGAAUGCUUUGUGGGAUUUAUUUGGUGUUGCCAGAGGUGAAAGUCUUUCUCAUCAUCAACUUUUACGUUAUCAAGCUGGACUCUUCUUUUAUCAUCCUUUAUUUGACAAUGUUGAAUACACUUGGAGAGUUGAACCUGGAGCUAUGUACACUUGUGAAUUAGAUUUUGAUCCUUUUAAGAUGAUGAAAGCUGGAAAAAAGAAAUUAGAAUCAUUUAUGCAACAACAUCCUGAAUGGAUCAAACCUAGGAAUCAAACCAUCAUGCCUUGGAUCACUCACCGAAAUAAGGAAAAUACCAAAGAUGAAUAUAAUUUUUGUCAUAUGUGGUCCAACUUUGAAAUUGCUGAUCUUUCCUUCUAUCGUUCAGAAGCUUAUCGAUACUACUUUGAUCAUUUGGAUAGCACUGGUGGCUUUUUUUAUGAAAAAUGGGGUGAUCCAGUUCGAACUCUUGCAGCAGCCAUGUUUUUAGAUAGAAAUGAAGUUUACUUUUUUGAUCAGAUUGGAUAUACAAAGGAUGGUAUUUCUCAUUGUCCAUUACAAAGUGGAUAUCUUCAAAAAUGCACCUGUGAUAGUGCAGAUAGCCAUGACAUGUUGGAAAAUAGUUGUACUCUGGAUUUAUUACGAUAUAGUGAUCCUCCCACUUUUGAUGCAUUAAUGAAUUAUGCUCGAACAAAACUACCACCUCAAUUAUCACUUGAUCUUAACAAUACUGAUAUUCUCAAGCAAGUCAUCAAGAAGAAAGAUCAAUUGGAAGCAUUCAUUAAGGAUCAAGAAAGACGUCAUUUAGCUGUAGAAUAGUUCCAAUUCAUAUUUGUUCCAUAUAUGCUAAUAAUAAAAAAAAUAAGUCUUC